GAAGAAACAGUUGGGCGAUUAUCAUGUGACAUAACAUAAACAUUUCAAUCGAUGUCAUCAUCAUCGAUUGACGUGUCAAAAUUGUCAGUGGAAUUGUAAGAGGAGUGCGGAUAAACAAAAUUCCGUGUGUUUUUUUUCAGUGUGUGUGUGUAAAAUACAGAGAGAGAAUAUGUCGUGCGCGGAUGGCGGAGAGGCGGCAGCGGGUGAAGACGGGGAGCAGCGAAGGAGCAGCUCCCCCGGCGGUCUGCCCAAUCCGUACACUUGCUACGUGAGCGCCUGCCCCGAACCGAGGAACCUUACUUACAAGCAUCCCGAAUUCCUGAUCUGCUACAAGUGUCCGGCGGAUGGAGACGAAAGCAAUGAUGAAGAUCAGCCUGUCGCCAAGUACUUUUGCUACCCGAUAAGUUUGGUGCCAGCCAUAGGAAGUGGACACGACUAUCAGCAGCAGCAGAGGCGACGUCAGCACGAAGAUGGAGAGAUGGAGAACAUCUUCUUCGAGUAUCCCGCGAUGCAGCCGCAACCCAUGUAUUCCAAUCAUCAUCUGCAGCAGCAGCAACAGCAGCAGCAGCAGCAUCACUUCUACCCAAGGAUGUACCCGUCGUACCGGCAGUACCCGGUCAACUUCAGCUCAGCUUCAGGAAGCCUCGGAUGUCCGUCAAACAUGCGCUUCUAUCAUACCUACGAUGGAAAAGUUUAUUAUUGCAGUGCAUGAAUAACA